AAGUGCAACUUCAGGCUCAGUUCAGCCAGGAGCAUGACCUCGGGUCCACUGAAAAAGAAAAGCUACUUGGGACAACACCAGAUCAAAAAGAAGACAAGCAUUCUAGGUAAUGAUGAGCCACGUGAUGAUGGGAAAGUGUUGCAGACAACUUUUUUGUCAAACAAAACGCAUAGCAUCAACCAAAAUAUUAUCUUGGGUGGAAGAGCUGCAUUCCAGUUGGGAGAAUCCACUUUAGCUCUUGAUGAAGAGAUCCUGCAGGUUUUGGAUGCUGUUGAUCCUGCAAAUGCUAUAACAGAAGAGGCUUGUUCUGUAAACACAGAAGAAAAAGCGUCAUCAGCUGCUUCUACUCUUCCACGGCCCAGUGUACUGAAUGCACUCAGUAAAAAGGACAUGGUGCAGAAGAAGGAUGGGGCAUCUCUUCAGCACACAUACGGAGUUUCUGGUCCUCAGCAGGGAGCUUGCCAUCUUCUAGGGGAUUCAAAAAGACCAGGAUGGAUACCUGACUGCAAAGAUCUUGCUCAGAAGCUUCUCUUCUGUGAGGACUCUGGGGAUGUGGACCAAGAAAACAACCACUCAAAACCUGCUUCUUCCUUUGUCAGCAUUCUGCCUUGUCAGGAAACCCGAAACGAUCUGAGAGCAGGCAGCUUCGACCAGUCAAAGCUCACAAGAAAAAGCUCUCCUAGCAAAAAUGCUGAGCCAUUUCUGGAUGUAUCCUCAAACUAUGUCUUGUUCAGCCCUACACGACUCGCUGCAGCUACAAAGAGGGCCAAACUCCAGCAAUCAUUACAUAAUCUGUCGUCCUCUGUGCUCACAGUCCCCAGCGGCUUGGAGCCCAGCACGCUCAGUGACACGCCACCUCAGCCAGGGGUUACCCUGUGCUCUCCUGUCCAUCAGGCUGAAAAGCUGCUGUUAUCCAGCUGGGGUUUACCAAAGCCCGUUUUAGAGCGCUACCAGAAACAUGGAGUCACUCAAAUGUUUGAGUGGCAGACUCGGUGUCUUACUGCGGGGCAGGUGCUACAAGGGGGGAACCUGGUGUACUCUGCACCCACCAGUGCUGGCAAAACUCUGGUGUCAGAGCUGCUGAUGCUGAAGCGCAUACUGGAGACCAGAAGAAAAGCUCUCUUCAUAUUGCCAUUUGUUUCUGUGGCCAAAGAGAAGAUGCUCUACCUUCAGAGUGUAUUUGAAGAAGCUGGUGUUCGUGUGGAGGGCUACAUGGGCAGCACAUCAGCUGCUGGAGGCUUCACAACAUUGGAUGUAGCUGUUUGCACCAUAGAAAAAGCAAAUUCUUUAAUCAACAGACUCAUUGAAGAAGAUAACAUGGGUCUCUUAGGAAUGGUGGUGGUAGAUGAGUUACACAUGGUUGGAGAUUCUGGAAGAGGAUACCUGCUGGAACUGCUCCUCACCAAAAUUCUCUACAUUGCACAGAAGCAGAACAGCACAGGGUCUCUUUCCGACGGUAUACAGAUAAUCGGGAUGAGCGCCACUUUGCCCAAUCUCUCUCUCCUGGCUGGCUGGUUAAAUGCAGAGCUUUACCAGACAGACUACAGACCUGUGCCUUUGCAAGAACAUCUCAAAGUGGGCUCUGACAUCUACGAUAAGAGCCUCUCUGUGGUGAGGCAGUUCACUCCUGCUCUCAGUGUCAAGGGCGAUGAUGAACACAUCGUGAGUUUGUGUUAUGAGACGGUGAGAGAAGGCCACUCUGUGCUCCUGUUCUGCCCUUCAAAGAACUGGUGUGAAAAACUGGCAGACAUCAUCGCUAGAGAGUUUUUUAACCUCAGACAAACUGAUGGUCUGGGUGAAGCUCAGCCUCAGCAGGUGGAUCUGAAUCAGGAGGGCCUGGUGGAUGUUAUGGCUCAGCUGAGGCGAACUCCAACAGGUUUAGACCCCACCCUGCUGCGCACUGUGCCUUGGGGGGUGGCCUUUCAUCAUGCUGGGUUGACAUUUGAUGAGCGUGACGUGUUGGAGGGAGCGUUUCGUCAGGGCCUGGUCCGAGUCCUGGCUGCCACGUCUACCCUUUCCUCAGGGGUUAAUCUUCCAGCUCGACGGGUCAUCAUCCGAACCCCGACAUUCAAUGGACGCUUGCUGGACCCACUCACUUACAAACAGAUGGCAGGACGAGCGGGGAGGAAAGGAGUGGACACAAUAGGUGAAAGUGUGCUGGUGUGUAAACAGGCAGAGCGUCAGAAGGGUAUUGGUCUUUUUAAUGGGGCUCUUCAGCCAAUCAGCAGCUGCCUGGUGAGAAGGGAGGGUGAAGGUGUGACCAGCAGCAUGCUCAGAGCCAUCCUGGAGAUAAUUGUUGGUGGCGUUGCCAGCACUCCACAGGAUGUGAGGCAGUAUGCUUCAUGUUCACUUCUAGCUGCAAGCAUGAACUGUGACGGCAAGAAAGAGUGUAAUGAAGAGACGAACAGAGGAGCCAUUGAGGCCUGUGUUGAAUGGCUGUUGGAAAAUGAAUUCAUUAGUGUUCAGGACGGACAAGAUGAGAGGUACUGUCCCACCCAACUCGGUGCCGCCACUCUUUCCUCCUCUCUCUCCCCUCAAGAAGCUCUUGGAAUUUUUGCAGAUCUCCAGCGGGCCAUGAAGGGCUUUGUACUUGAAAAUGAUUUGCACAUUCUGUAUUUGAUCACCCCACUGUACGCAGAGUGGACCACCAUAGACUGGUAUCAGUUCUUCUGCUUGUGGGAGCAGCUGCCGUCAUCGAUGAAGAGAGUGGCGGAGCUGGUCGGUGUCCAGGAGGGCUUCCUAGCUCGAUCGGUCAGCGGAAAACUUGUUGUCAAGACAGAGAAGCAGCUCAGACACAUGGCUAUUCAUAAACGGUUUUUCACGACUCUUGUACUACAAGAUCUGGUCAACGAGGUUCCUUUGGGAGCUGUUGCAUCUAAAUACAACUGCAGCCGUGGGCAGCUACAGUCUCUCCAGCAGUCUGCUUCCACAUAUGCAGGUAUGAUAACGGUGUUCUGUACGCGUCUGGGUUGGCACAACAUGGAGCUGCUUUUGUCUCAGUACCAGACCAGGCUGAGCUUUGGAGUCCAGAGGGAACUCGUCGAUCUCGUCAGGGUUUCUCUUCUGAACGCGACACGAGCCAGAGCGCUCUACGCUCAAGGCCUCUGCACUGUGGCUGAACUUGCCCGGGCCUCUGUAGCUGAUGUGGAGAAAGCUUUGCGGAAUGCGGUCCCAUUCAAGAGCUCUAAACGUGCGGUGGAUGAGAGCGAGAUGGAGGCGGCAGAGAGACGAAACCUGCGCUGCGUAUGGGUCACCGGUGGACGGGCUCUAACAGAGCAGGAAGCGGCUGUCGAAAUUGUGUCUGAGGCGAGGCUCCUGCUUCGGGAAGACUUGGCUCAACUGGGAGUCAAGUGGGAUCUAGCUGCACUUCCUCCAGGGUGUCCUCCUACGUGCAGCCCCAAUGAUCAUGGCAGUGGAGACUCAAUCACCUCAUCUGUCUCGUAUAUCAGCCCACAUGACUUACGGGCAGACAGGGCUGUAGCGCAGAAGAAGAGCAGAGUCACUGAGGUGCACAGAGAGGAGAUUAAUAGAGAUGAAAACAGUGACAAGAGGAUGGUUGAUAGGAAAGACGGAGAAGAAGACACAAGAAAUCUAAACACGACUGAACCAAAAACCAGACAAACAAACAGUGAAUUUCUGGUUGAAAGAGACGAAGAAAACACAGAGACAUGGACAAAUAAAUCAGUUGUAAGCAACAAGGAAAAUUCCAAAGGAAACACAAAGAAAGAAGAGUUAAAACAGGAAGACUGCAACACAAUCAGGCCAAAGGCAGGAGAGACGAGUAAAAGAAGUGCAUCGAUCAGACCAGAGAAGUCUAAAUAUGAUGCUGUUGAAAGAAACCUAACCCAGGAGUUGGAUGAUAUUGUUUCCAGCCCUCUACCUCAUAUGCCUCCACCUCCUCAACCACUACUUUCUCCAGCAGCACCUCCAUGUUUCAGAGCCCCAGUAUCUUGUUUAGAACAACAACAAAGUGCGUCUACAAGCACAGAAAAAGAAGAGUCCCUCACAAAGCUUACUGUAUCUCCUCUGCACCCAGGGAGACUGAAGCACUCCAGAGCAUUAAGUAAAGUCCUUCAGUCUAUACAAACAAGUAAAGACCUACAAGAAAAUGUAGAGCUUACUGAAAGAUCAGACAUGGAAACUACAGCCUCUGCACCUGCCCUUGUUCAGGAAAACCCUUGUGCUGUUUCUACACCUACAGAUGCAGAUAUGAUAAACUCUCCUCCGUCUGUUUCCCCUGCCUUUGUCCCCUUGUUCACCCCCGAGGCCAAGAGAAGGAGAAUCGAGGCCAGAGAGGUGGAUAAAUUUUCCUCCCCUGAGCUGUAUGCAGGCAAUAAGACAGACGAAGAAGCUGAGGAAGAAUUGAACAUGGAAGGAGAAAGUUUUGGCGACAGCUUCAACCUGGACACUCAGACAGAAAGAAUAAUAGCACAGCAGACUUACAGGGAUGAAGGUAAAGAUCAGCUGGUGGAGAUGAAGACGGGGAGUGAUGAGGAAAUGGUCAUAGCAGAUGUAGAGCUAGCAGGGACCACAGAUGGGAGCAGAAAUGAACUAGAAGGCUUCAACAUCAUGUGUCCAAGAUUCAGUACUUCUUUCACAGAUAGCCAGUUGGAGUUCAUCCUCAACACCAACCACCAUAUGACCUCUAAUCCAGCUGGUUGUUGUAACGACCAAGAUAAAGAUGUGUGUGAUGAUCAGAUCCCAGAUGCUAAUCCAGCUGCUGAGAGUCCUAACAGAAGCAGCAGCUUCCUGUUCGACAGCAUGUAUGACAGCCCUCUCCUGGGAGCUCUGAGACCAAACCAGGUACCUGACCAACCAGAUGAGGAACAGUCUUCAAGCCAGGAGGUUGCAAUGGAUCGUCCUCUUCCACUGAUCCAGCAGAGACGACGCAGCAAGCGUCUUACUAACCAAGAAGCCGAGGAGCAGGAGGCAGUCCAAUGGGGAGAGUCCUUCUUGAACCUGUCAGAGUGGGGGGACUCCCUCUUGGUGGGUGAACACUUCCUGGAUAGGCAGAGUUUGCUGAGACCCAUGAAGAGAACUGAGAGUGAGCAAGAGCUGCAGCAGCCAAGCAAAGACUGUGAUAGUGCAAACAGGGUGAUGAUAAAGGAACUGAGAGCCGCCACACAUGUGAGUCUACAAACCAGCCAGGACCUUCAUUGUCCCACAGAGCAUACAUCCCCUCCACACUCCUCCCCCCAGCCAGAGCCUCCCUCUGACACAGAGUCGCCCCUGAGUCUUGAAGGUUUCACCCUGCAGCUGUCCCAGGAUGCUUCACUCUGUUGUAGCAACUCUGGGACGUUCUCCAUUAUAGAUGUGGCGAGCGAUAGGUGCCUCUUCGAUACGUUCAUUGAAGAAUGGAAAAAGAAGGAGCGGUUUGCUAUCGCUUUGGCCUGUGAGAAGAGAGAGCACAAUCAGCAGUCUGAGGGGGGGAUAGGAGGGAAGCAUAAGAGAGCAUCUCAUCCGAAGCCUAACCUGACUGAUGGGUUUCCAAUAAGAGACGAUGAAGAUCUCGUUUUGAUCGGGCUGUCUGUCUGCUGGGGAUCAAGAGAUGCAUACUACAUCUGUCUGCAGCAGGAGCAGAACAAAGGUCUGAGCUCCAGCCUGGCUCCUCCUCCACUGGAUGAUGAGCUGCCAGUAAGUCAAAGGCUGGAGCAGGUGAAGGUCUGUCUCAGCCACCAAUCAGCUGGUGACAAAGGAAGAGUGGUUGUCACAUAUGACAUCAUCAAGGUGUACAAGACAUUCGUACUGAGCUGUGGUAUCAGCUUGGAGGGAACCUGUGAAGACCUGAAGGUUGCAUGCUGGCUGCUGGACCCUAGCAGUGAGGAGAGGACACUUCCAAACAUGGUGACUGUCUAUUGUCCUGAAGAGUUACCCCUGCUGGACGGCCUGGGGAAUACCCUUUCACACUGUCCUCGCAUCAGGGCAGCGACCAAGAGCGUGCUCAUACACACUGUGAUGAACCAACUCACUGGCCUGUUGGAGAAAGAUGGCACACUAGGUAUAAUAAUAAUAGAUGUUCUGGAGAAACUCCGCCCCCUGCACCCUUUGCCAGGUGUGAUUCUAGAGUGGAGGCGGAUCACUAACGCCCUGACUAAGGUGGUCUUCCCCCUGCAGAGGGUGAAACGGCAUCAUCCUACACUGAAGAUGGACAGAUUAUAUCCAGUCGCCCAGACCCACACAGCCACCGGUAGAGUGAGCUUUACUGAACCAAACAUACAGAAUGUCCCCAAAGAUUUUGAGAUUUAUAUGCCCACAGUGAUAAGUGAAAGCCCACCUUCACAAAAUGCCUUCCAGGUGACUCGUAAAUCAAGAAAGAAGAGAUGCUCUGUGGCUUCAACAGUUAUGGCCGGACCUGCAGAACAAGGCCCAGCCUUCUCCGUCAGCAUGAGACAUGCUUUCAUUUCCUUUUCAGGCGGAAUGAUUUUAGCAGCUGAUUACUCCCAGCUGGAGCUGAGAGUGCUGGCUCACCUCUCAAAGGAUCAGCGCCUCCUGCAGGUGCUGAAUGGAGGAGCUGACGUGUUUCGCUGCAUCGCAGCAGAGUGGAAGAGUGUUGAGCCGGAGACCGUGCAGGACUGCCUCAGACAACAGGCAAAACAGAUCUGCUACGGCAUCAUCUAUGGAAUGGGAGCAAAGUCUCUGGGGGAGCAGAUGGGAGUGGAGGAGGACGACGCAGCCUGCUACAUUGAGAGCUUUAAAGCCAGAUACAAAGGGAUUAAUACUUUUCUUAAAGAAACCGUGAAGAACUGCGUAAAGAACGGUUAUGUUCAGACCCUGAUGGGCCGCAGGAGAUAUUUAGCUGGCAUCACCAGCACCAACGUGCACAUCAAAGCUCAUGCGGAGCGGCAGGCAGUGAACACAACUGUUCAGGGUUCAGCGGCAGACAUCGUUAAACUGGCGACUGUGAACAUCCAGAAACGGCUGCGACAGACGUAUCCUGCAGCGCCGCUGUCUCACCAGCACACAGCCCAUAACGAGAGCAGAGCCAGGACGUCUCGGCUGAGGGGAGCCUAUUUCAUCCUGCAGCUGCACGAUGAGCUCAUCUAUGAAACCACAGAACAAGACCUCAUACAGGUUGCACAGAUCGUAAAGAGGGAGAUGGAGUCAGCAGUGAAACUUUACGUGAAGCUAAAAGCCAAAGUCAAAGUGGGACCCAGCUGGGGGAACCUGCAGGACCUCGACAUAUGA